UCCUCGUCGGUGUGAAGGGUUGCAAUGGCCAACUGCUAACGUCUUCGAACAUGGAUGAGCACCCGCAUCCGCGUUGCCGUCGCUGAGAUCUGUGCUUGAGAACAUGGCCUCCAGUUCCCAGAGGUUAUAAAGGACAUGUGUUUCCUUCUUUGCUUCCACAUCAAAACAUCUCAUCAUCACGACUUGCAUUUAAUACAUUUGUGUCCUUUGGCGGCUUCUUGUUUUGCGUUUGCACGUCAUCAAUCUUGAUCAAUUUUACACAAUGCAGCAAUUCCAUCUGCCCAACCCAGCAUCGGUGGUGUCCCAUCAGAUAUCUGGCGACAUCAAACCCGAACUCAUCAAUGUCAAGCUGCCUCCUAUCCGCCAGAUGACUCCUGAGCACCGUUUCAACUACAACUCGAGUGUAUCUACCUACGAUUCCGACAUGUCCAGACGUCCAUCUGUAUCAUCGAUAACAUCAUCUGGCUUCCAUCCUUCUCGUUCUGCCUCGCCUGCCUUCUCUACCUCAACCCUGGAACCACAGUAUGGAAAUUGCAGAUCUCUUGAUCGUCUACGUCUGCAAGCAGGUCAUGUCCAGACCUUCCCUUACACUACACCCACGCAGGACUCCGCGGCUACUGCAUCUCACGCUGGCGGAAAGGCGGGCAAGACGAAGCGAGUGGAUCGUAAGCAAUAUUCGAAGCGAGCCGUAACUGGAACCACUUCUUCAAGGGUCCGCAAGAGCGACAACGAAGCGGGCAACCGUUAUUGUCAGGCCAUUGACCAGGGAGACCUUGCACGGGUGUGCCGAGAGGCCAACCCCAAUAUCGAGCACACCGCAGCACCACGACACGGUGGACAAGGCCCCUGGGUUCUGCUCAAGUCCAACAACAUCGCAAGCGAUGUUCUACAAGAUGGUGUUGAGCCGUCCAGGUGGAACAAGUCUUCUGUCAAUGGCUCAGCGAUCCUGAUCAUUGAACACAGCAGUGCACAGCUUGAUGAUGAGAUCAAGUAUCUAGGGGGUCUGCAAUCACGACUUCCCAAGGAACUACAGGGUGAGAUUGCCCAGCGCAUAGAGUGCUUGAUCGCUGCCAAAAACACUCGCGGUGAGGCCGAGUUCAAGGUAGCCACCGAGCAGAUGACUUAUCAACAUUGAGUUGAGAUGGGCAUCGCAUCACGACAUUGCAGCGCCAUGUGCUUUUCUCGCGGCAUCGGAGGUGUUUUGAGUACAAUUCUUCGCUCGGCAUUUUGAUCCACCCAAAAGUUUGUUUCUUUUUGUCGAUUGGUCGCAUCUUUCGG